AUGAUGUCAUCGGAGGAGGAGACCGAGUGUUUCGCCCUCUACGGAGCAGCCACGGAAAGCAAGCAACAGCAACUCCUGAAGAAGCAGAAGCGCACCAGACAGCGCGUGGACGCCGGCGAGCCGCGCAACAGCUACUCGAGUAUACCGAACUUUAGCUCCCGGCCAUCCUUCCUCGGUGGUGGUCUAUACGGCUCGAUCUUCAGUGGUAGUGGUCCACCGACGCACCCACAACAACAGCCGCCGCCGCAGCAGCAGCAGCAGUCGCAGCAACACCACCAGUCGCAAUCGCAACAACCGCAGCAACAACAGCUCCAGCAACAGGCUGGAGCGACUGGCAGUCAAAGUCAUUUAGGCGCAGCUACGACGGGUCCUACAACACAGCAGCAUUCCGGCCACGCGGCCUUCGGCUUCUUCGGGGCUCCGGGCUUCGGCCCCGCCAAGAUGCUGAACGAGUUAUUAGGAAGGCAGGUCAAACAGGCCAGUGACGCUGGCGGAUCCCCGCCAGAGGGCGGCCACGGGAUGACCGGUGCCGGCAUGGAUCCCGCCUCGAAUUUGCAACCGGGCGCCGUGGCUAAUUGUGAUGAUCCCGCCACGGCCGAUCUCACGCAGCACAUGUUACGCGACAUGCUUCUGCAGGGGCGCAAACUCUCCGCUCUCGGCGUGCAGGAGCAGCCGAACAAUAACAACAGUAUACACAGUAAUAACAAUAACAAUACUACCGCGGAAUUACUUAAAUCACAGCAUCAGCAGAGUCCCCAGCAGCAUCAGCAACAAAAUAGUGAUAGUGCGCGCAGUGGAACAGUGCAGAGUGGCGGGGAGGAGAGUGGUGAUGGUAAUAACAUCGUGAAUAGCGCGAAUCACAGUGAUCGUGAUACCGUGAUGCCGGGCGACGCUGAGGACAGCGCUGAGGAUGCUGCCUCCGCGGCACGCGCGAUGGAGGAGGCCUUUGCCGAGGCCGGCAUGGAGCCAGGGGCGAACUUGGACGGAUCGGAUUGCGAGCAGAGCCUGCCUCCUAGCCCAACGGCACCAAGAUCGGGCUCGGUCUCCGUUAAGGAGGAGAUGCAAGAGUCGCUCAAUAUCAAACGUAGCCCUAGUCACUCUCCUUGUCCGAUCGUGCCAAAGACCGAGACGAGCUCUCCAACGACAGAGAUUAAACGCGCUCGCGUGGAGAACAUCGUCAGCACAAUGCGCAGCAGCCCGGCGCUUCAGCCAGCAACGGUAAACGGUUGCAAGAAGCGCAAGCUCUAUCAGCCUCAGCAACAGACGGUGCAUCACGUUCUCCAACAUAGUGUCAACGACACCAUGAUGGACGACGACGACGAGAGUGAAGAGGAGGAGGACCCUGCGACGAUCAGGCAGAAACGGGAGGAGAAAGAUAAUUUGAAGAUACAGUUGAAAAUGCUGCACGAGCAAUUGGCGGAAAUGCAACAAAAGUACAUGGAACUCUCCAGUAGAAUGGAGCCAGAUACAAGUGAGAGCGGCGACGCGCCACCCAGUCCUCAGCAACCACCGCAACCACCGCCGAGACCGCCGCGACCUCAUCCACCGCCGUACAACGGUCUCCCGGCCCUCCCACCUGAUCACCCCCACGCAGCGGCUGCCGCUAUGUAUCACAUGGGGCAUAAACUCUACUUCGAACAACAGCAUGCUGCCCUCGAAAGAAUGAAACAACAUCAAGAAGCGGCCGUGCGGCAGCAGCAGCAGCAGCAGCAGCAGCAACAGCAGCAGCAGCAGCAACAACAACAGCAGCAGCAGCAGCAACAGCAGCAGCAGCAGCAGCAGCAUCAACGACAGAGUUCGCCACCGCCACCAAGCCAGUCUCAGCAACAGAGCCAGAACAACACUGGUCCUUCGACGCCGCAGACGCCGCAAAUGCAAUCAGCCAGUACGCCCAUUCAACACAAAGACUUCCAGGAAAGGCUAAGCGUCUUCAGGGGUGCCGCCGCAGCUGCCAGUUCGUCCGGCCCCCAUAUCACCGGAGCCGAUUUGGAAGGCCUGGCGGAUAUCUUGAAGACGGAAAUAACUUCUUCUUUAACCAAUCUGAUUGACAGCAUAGUAUCGAGGUUCGUGCAACAGAGGAGGUUUCUCGGUAAGCAAACCGAGGCAGCGCAGGCUGCUGCCGAGCAGCUCAAUAAGGACCUCCUUUUGGCGAGCCAAAUGCUCGAAAGAAAAUCGCCCAGGACGAAAGUGGUCGACAGAGGAGCUCCGCAACCACCCGGUGGCCCAAACGGGCCACGGGGGCCCCUCAACGGUGGGCCCCCUCCUCCACAACCCACGGGGUUUUCGCAAAUCGGGUCCAUAGGUGGUGUGCCCCAUGGCCCUCAUGCUGGCCCCACGGAAAAUAAUCUUAAUCAGAUGAAUCAGCUGCCCUCGCACGGAAGGCCGAGCGUUGGAAUGUUUCAGACCCCAAAACCGCCGACGAUAUACGCCAUGCAGGCGUCCAUGCAGGCGCAGCAACAACAGCAACACCAACAGCAACAUCAGCAGCAACGCGAACAGCAGCAAAGGGAGCAGCAACGCGACCAAUACUGCAAUAUGAGAGGUGACGAGAGAGAAAACAGGGACUCGGAACAAAAUGAGGCCCUGUCACUCGUCAUGACGCCGAAGAAAAAACGUCAUAAGGUGACGGAUACAAGAAUUACUCCCAGAACGGUGUCCAGAAUCCUAGCGCAAGAGGGAAACGGUUCUCAAGGAGGUAGUGAUAGUCCCCCGCCUCCUCCACCACCGAGACCCUACCACGCGCCACCGCCGAUGCUGCCGGUGUCCCUGCCAACCAGUGUAGCGAUACCAAAUCCAAGCCUCCACGAGAGUCAAGUGUUCUCGCCCUAUUCGCCGUUUUUCAAUCCUCACGCGAGUCAUCCUGGUCAAGUACCACCUCCGGGGCCACAUCAUUUACCCGCGAGUCCUCCGGGUGGAGGUGUAGAACUCAGGGAUUCCCCUCCACUGCCCCAUCCGCCGGCUAUGUUGCAUCCAGCCUUGCUGGCGGCAGCCCAGCACGGUAGUCCGGACUACGGACACCUUAGGAUGGACAGCAACGACCGAGCUAGCGACUGCAAUUCCGGCGACAUCACCUACGAUGGAAUUCAGCCUACAAUAUCCUUUACUAAUACUUAUAUGCUGAAGGGCAAAAAUGCAAACGGUAUUUCCUUAACCGCGGUGAACUCGUCGACGCUGACGCCGAUGCAUCUGAGGAAGGCGAAGCUGAUGUUCUUCUGGGUCAGGUACCCAUCCUCGGCCGUCCUUAAGAUGUACUUCCCCGACAUCAAGUUUAAUAAAAACAAUACAGCGCAGCUGGUCAAGUGGUUCUCCAACUUCCGGGAGUUCUACUACAUCCAAAUGGAGAAAUACGCGAGACAAGCAGUUUCGGAGGGUGUGAAGAACGUCGAGGAUCUCCGAGUCGGUGGCGACUCCGAAAUCUACCGGGUUCUCAACCUUCACUACAACCGUAAUAACCACAUUGAGGUAUGGGGUCCCCAGGUACCCAGCAACUUCAGGUACGUUGUGGAGCAGACGCUGAAAGAGUUUUUCAAAGCGAUCCAAGGCGGCAAGGACUCCGAGCAAAGCUGGAAGAAGUCCAUCUACAAGGUGAUCUCGAGGUUGGACGACCCGGUGCCGGAGUACUUCAAGAGCCCGAACUUCCUGGAGCAGCUCGAAUGAAUCAGGAGGUCGCGUGGCUCUUGCUCUUCGUGGUGCGCGGGCUCGCCCGCGCUCGUCGGCUCCCGAUAAAUCAGGAACGACCAACGAGGGAGGAUCGCAUCCGCCAGGAGGUACACGUCCUUCGCGUAGUGCGUGUUCAGGUAUCCUUAAAUAACAUAUCGCAAAACGAACGAGGGCUAGGAAGGGAGAGGAGACACGGACAAACCCAAGGAACAGAGGCACCACCGGCGUCCGAGGGCGACGUCAAGAUGCCAACGAAGGAUCAGGCUGUGACUGAAUCACGAUUCAAACAGGAAAAACAGAAGAAACGUACCCAUACACAUGUGCACACCAACACACACAUACAGACAUACGUCCAUUAAAAGAAAGAAAUACUGCGAAUCCACGGCUGACGAAAUUCGACAGUCACAAAGUGUCGAACGCUCAUCGACGUUCCUCUUGUUUCAACUGAACGAGCACGAGAAGGUGAUUCCUGGAACGAGACGAAGAAGCACGACGAAUGCGUGGUCAACGAACGGCGAGAAUAGCUUUUAGCGUCGAUUUUGUCCGAUCUGUUUGUAACGUAGAGUAAUUACUUCGUUACCGCCUAAUUUUACAUCACACGAUAAGAAUAGGGAUUUAAAGACGAUAACACUGCUGGGGUUGUACUCACAGAGAAAGAUGGAGACUUUCGGAACGUUUGCGAGCAUAUCCAAAGAUUGAUUAAGUCUGAACAUCGCACGGCGAUUCCUCUUCUGAUUCGCACGAGACCCGGAAGUGGAAUCUUCGUCGACAGGAAACGAUGUAGGACGAGCGGCUUUUCGUCCUACACCGUCUCCAGAAAGAAACAUUUGUGGACGAGGAGAAAACCUUGCGCUAAGUCUAUUUCGGAUAAUCCUGUCAAUAAUAUGAUAAUCCUUCGAACUCUGCAAGUAGCUUCGGUGAUGAACGCUUGCGAAGAUCGAGGGCUCCCCGAUAAACAAAUCUGACAAACUUCUUAUCGCCGAAUGAAUACCGCCAAUGGAAAUUCAUGCUGCGAUAAAAAGACGCUUUUGCUGCAAUCUGUAGCAUGCUUUUUUUCUUUCUUCCAGGAAAAGUAAAAUCUCCGACGUAUUAGUUGAAAGUACGAGGUUCGCCUCGAUGCUUCCCGUCAUCAAACUAGAAUUUCAAUCUUUCCCCAGAUUGUACAUAGUUUCAUUUUACCGCAUACAACUGAUCAACUAGGUUUGAGAUCGACGUGAAAAUGCUUGGCUAUUAAAUUAUAUACACUGCGCAUGAGAAUCGGAUGAGAAACAGCGCGAGGAAACGUUCGUGCGCGCAUCGAUACCAAAGAGAAUCGACUUCACCGAGUGCGUAACGUCGCAUGAGUAAUCGACGCGACCGCUCAUAGCGAUUUCCGCACGCAAAGAACCUGUUCCUAUCUGCCGAAGAAGAGAUUCCUUCGACUUUUUCGUUCUCCCGUAAUUUUUUCUUUUCCUUUCGCUCGCUGAGCAUUAUUGGUCGGGCCGAUAAAGAGUACGUUUAUCAAGAGUGCAUACGUUGCAUUGAGAGGAUCGGUGCACGGGUCAAUAUACAUAGCUGUUUUUAUUAAUGGUUGAUUGUAUAAACGAGAUUAGGCUAGUCGUAGUAACGAGAUUAGGAGUAGUACGGGCGACGAAGAUGCAGGUCGGAUGCAGCGUCUGUGUGAGAAUCGUGCGCCGGCCGUAUUCUAAGUGUAGCGUUGCAAACCAAAAAAAGAAAAGAAAAGAAAAGAAAGAGAAAAGAGCAAAAUGCUAUAUAUAAUCGUGCGUCGACGCGAUAAUUAUAUAAAUAUUAGACUUCUAAAGCGAAAAAAAGAGACGGAUGCUGGCGUGAUUAAAGUAGCGUAAAAAAAACAGACGUGCGCCAGACGGUCGCACAAUCGCGCUUCCUUUUCUCCGUUUACAUUAACCCCUGACCCAUCCUACGUACACGGACACGCGACACGCACAUAGCAGUCACUUACACGUAUUAACCAGCACCACGCGAUCACGCGCGCGAACGUACGGGAAAUUAGAGACGGCGCCCCUAUAAUCUCACAUGUGACCUUUCUUUUCGCUAGAAGUUUCUGUAGAUAAUUUACGAGACGGUAUAAAAAUAAUAAAAAUAUUAGGGAUAAUUCGAGUGGUAGCGGAUGCACAUAAUUUUACUCUUAUUUUUUCACCAUUACUCUCGCUACUACGUGCACUAUUAUUAUUACUAUUAUUAUUAUUAUUAUUAUAUUGCUAUUAUUGUAUUAUUAUUAUAUUAUUAAUAUAUUAUUAUAUUAUUAUUAUUAUUAGACUCACUAUUAUCUAUAUCAAUAUGACAAUUUUAGUAUGAAACGAUUAUAAUUACUAAUAUUAUUAUUGUCAUCGUUGAAAUUGUCAUUUACGGAGAGAAUUUAGUUAAUUUAAAAUUAACCCUGUAUGCCUUUCUCCACAAGCAAUUUCACGCUACCCAUGUUUAUCCUUAUCUUGUUUUCGCAAGAUCCUCUUCUACGACUACCUUGCCGUUCCCAAUUUUGUCAAGCUUAUUUAUUCCGUGCUUGGCACCACGCUCUAUUUUUAGUUAUUAUGUAUAUUUAGUUAUUAUGAUAAUCACUACAUUGAAAUUAUGCCCCCCGUAGUUUGUAUCCAUACACGACAAAAAAACACACGUACACACGUCCUUUUGCAAGCGGUGAGUCUUAACCUAGUCACGAGUCACUAUUUUUUAAUUGAUUAAUGGUCGAUUUAUUGAUUAUUAUUUUAUUUAUUAAUUAUGACAAUAAAAAAAGAGAAAAUAAAUUGAAUUUUCAUUUGCGUCUAAUCUUGCGUAAAUGUUAUGUCACUUUUAUUUCCGCAUUGGUUGGUCUACAAUAUCCUUCCCUACACUCCGAGAGAAUUCGAAAAAUCAUAUAUGGCCAAAAAAAACAGAAAGUGAUUUUGAUUUGACAUAUUCGAAACACUCUCGACCGCUAGACCUAUCUUUUGUCUUUUUUCUUCUUUUUUUUCGUAGGAAGAUGUGAAACUCGAAUGUACAAUCCAUGAAUUUGCGACCGGCGAAUUCAACGAGGAUGGAAGCGAGUAGCCUCUUUCAUCCGAAGAACACGCGUUGUAGAAUGAUAGAAGCGAGAACGAAAUUUCGAAAAUUUCAACUUUUCUUACGUAAUACUAGACUUUGGCCUAAAAUUAGUAGCAACUUCUUCGGCACUGGCCUAAGAUUUUGGUCUAAAUGUUUAUAACGGGAGACAAGAAUACGAUAGCGUAGAGGCAAUGUGGAAGAUGUUUGAAUAUUGUAAAACAGGAUUGUAGGAUACGUGCGUUAUUAGACCUCGCUGACUCGUUCGUCGCAACUGAAGUGGCUUGACAUUCGUGUCACGGCAAUUGGCACAGGUAAAAAGUUAUUCCUUGGAAAUUUAUUAUUAUAUUUUAGUAGAAUUUCUUUCACAAUUCGUGUCUUAAAGAAAUCGCGCAUUCUCGGAGAGCAAACAUACAAUAUACUCAAUAACCACUGAUGAAACAUAUUUUACUUAUUUUUUUCAUUUGAUUUUAUAAUCAACUUGAUUGUCGUUGCAUUAUUGAGAUUAUUUCAGUCAGAGAUACAUCCUAUCCCUUUUAUCACCACGUUUAAUGAUACAUUAAAAAGCCAUUAAGAGGCUAUGAUUUAACGAUAUUCGAAGAAUUAUAAAAAGCAACAUUCGGAAUUUAAUUAUAAUAGAUAAUAAUAUUGGUUUUUCACUGACGGAAAACAAAUCAAGAUAUAAUACAUUCCAGUAUAAACCAAAUAUUAAAAGUGUGAAGACAACCCUUACCGGACAAAUCUAAUUUAACACUUUACGAAACUCUAAUGUACUUCUUGCAUCAUAUAAGCUCCCCGAUCCUAGAAGCUUCGCGCUUUCACGUCGAUACACGUCAAUAGUCUCUCACCAUCGUUAAUAGCAAUACGUGAUUUUUUACGACAAAUCUCUGAAUUAAAUAUAGUCUUGCGACACAGAACAUACGCUACUUCAAUAUUAACGCCAUCGAUAAAACAUAAUUAACUAUCGUUCUCAUUCUCUUUUCUUCGAUUGCCUUGGAUUUACGAAAAACUAAGUUUCGUAAUUCCAACGGCGAUCGCACACUUGUGAAACAUGUCUACGACCGUUUCGUCAUACUGAAAAUGAUCAUUCCGCUCUUUUAAACAUUAUUCGCACUCAGAAAAGAAAAUAACUAUCGCUGCAACGUUAAAUCGACGUUCUCUAAAUCGCAACCGUGCUACAAAGGAAUUUAAUACUACGACAAGAUUCUUCCUUGCUUCGGGCAAUUUUCAGAAAAAUUGAAAGUCACACAUGUACGUAUCGUAACAUAUGGGUGAAAUAAAUAAUUUCGAUUCCGCACAUUCUUCGCCACUGGAGUAUGACCACAAGCUUUGGAAAGCGGUGAACGAAAAGCAGCGUAAUAAUUGUUCAAGGCCAAGCCGAUUUUAAAUCCCCAGUCGCCUUUACCAGCGUAUAAGCUGAAACGUCAGAGGAAUUUUUCGUAUGGUCGGUUAUUCGCAAAAAUCUGGGAAUAAGAAACUAUCGUGACACAUAGACAAAACUCUCGCGUGAUCCUUCGAGGUCAUCUACGAAUUGAAAAUGUAAGAAUAAGAGUCCGCUUCUUUCAUUUCUCCGUCGACCGAGAUUCGAAGCUCUCCUAGCGCGAAGGACAAAUCGUUCUAGAUCUUAGCAGACGUACUCGAGCCAUGAGGAAAGAGGCUCGAGACUCAGGAGAAAAGUGAACAAUGGUAACGAAUAGCAACCGGUGGUUCACCGCGAUCGCCGAAAUUUUCUCUCAUCGAUGGGAGAACCAGCCGCGCUCCUUAUCUCCCGAUCGAUGCUGCUGGUCCCGAUCUAUCGACGCGACCUACGGUCGCGGGACGGAACUGGCGAUGAACGGCACGAGCGCCGAAAGAAAGGGGUGAAUUCGCAACGAUUUUACGGAUGCGCGUAAACAAUGGGAGUGGAACGAACGUAAAAAAAAAGGACAGGCGGCGAGAUUGACGAGAUGCACGAGAAGGAUGUAGUGACGAAGAGACACACAUUCUCGAAGGACGAAGGCGAAAGAUUAAGAGUCGUUCAUCUACGAAACGAAGUAAAUAUAGGAAGUCUAUCGACUCGCCGUUUAUAUUACAUUUAUGCAGCGGGGCCGACGCACGGAGAAACGAGUACACGGGACAGAACGAAAUUAAACGAGAACGAAAUACGAGAGAAUGGAAGAAAUAAUAAGCAUACGUACAUACCUAAACGCGUAAGUUUUAAGAACACGUAAGCAGAAGUAAGUAAUAGUAUUUAACGUUAACACUUGCAAUUAAUUAUUAUAUAAACGAUUAACUAAAGAUAAAGACGAGCGGAAGGUCGUAUCACGCUGCAGAGGAAAAGGAUACCUACUUUAAAAAAAACACACACUAAUAAACUAAUUAUUAUUAUAUGAUUAUAUUAUUAUUAUUACGAUCAUUACUAUCGAGUUUGAGAUUAAGCCGUGAUAACAAGAGAAAUCAGUGAGAAUGGGAGAGAGCGAAAGCGGUAUCAGAGAGAAAGCGAAGGAGGCAGAGUGUGGGAAUUCAAAGUGAAUUCAUUGAGAAAAUAAUAAUUCCUCAAACUAUUAGGAACAUAAUUAGGGUAUAUUUAUUAUGGCGAGUGCGCGAUUAUGAUAGCGGCGCGGUAGUAUACAGAGAAAACGGGGGAAGAUAAAGGGGGGACAGGAAAUACAUUAUCUCCCCCGUGACGUUUCAGCGAGGCGGAAAUCGCGUCUUUCGAAUUUUCGCGCGCGCGAUAGGAACGAAGUGGAGGAGCGAACCCGGGAGAACGACCGAAUGUGAGAAUGAUAGAGAGAGAGAGAAAGGGAACGAGAGAGUGAGAAUCUGUAAACGAUGGGAGAAAGAGGGAGAGCAUGGGAAUUUAGAGCGUAAACUAUGUUUCUAUGUGAGAUCGCGUGCGUAAGCCAAAAGAAGAGAAAAAAGAAAAAAGAAACUGAUUGUUGACACCGAGUGAGCAAACUUUGUGUGAUAAUCUCGUAGUACACGUAGCAUGUUAAGUCUACAAUACGUUUGGUAGGGGAUUAAAAGGUGAGAGCGACUUUCGAAAAGUCGGGCAGGAGAACGGGGGAGUAAAAUCCGACCGAGAGAGGAAUCCGAGAGGUCUUCCGAGUCUCUACCUCCCAACGUUUCUAAAAUCAGUCGGAGGGCUCCGCCGCGCCUCCGACGAUCGACAUAUCACCGCGCGUAUAUGAAUCGUUAAAUUCGUAAUUCUAAGUUACAGGGUGCUCGAGACGCCGUCGACUACUCCGGCGUCUCGAUUUAACGUAGGUACAUUACGUUUCCUCGGUGAGCUGCGAAAGCUUUACGUUGUCUCUUAAUCGUUCAUUUCCUAUCCCCGACAUUACGGUGCAAGACGAGAAAUCGUGAACAGCCGCCAUUUUUUAUUUGCAGGACUACAGCGAAGACAGUCGAUACUCCUGUCUCUCGCGAGUAUUCUUAACUUUUUACGACCUCGUUAUUCGGAAGAAGCAAAUUUUUCAAUUCUCGCGUCAAUAAAUUAUUAACUUUCAAUAUUACUUAAUUUUUAUGUUAAUUAAUAAAUAUUUGUAUUACAUAUUACGCUACUAUUCUAAAUGUUUGAUCAACACUCAAUUAAGAUUCUUUUAUUCUUUAUGUAAUCUUUCAACGUUCACGUUUGUUAUAAUUAACUUGCAACUUGUAUGUAACAAUUUGGUUUGUUAAUAUUAUUGAAGCAUGGGCCGUGAAAAGUUAAUAUGAUAACACUGAACAGAUUUUUAAAUUUAUAAAACAGAUGUCGAGAGGCUGUGCAUACUCCAGCUCUCGCCUUAGCAGUAAUUAAGAUAACACAACGAACACAUUUACGUUUCUCGUCUUGAAUCGAACGUCGGUCUCGUGAAAAGUUUACGUCGCAAUAAUCUCGCUCAAGAUUCAAGAGCGUGAAAGAGAGCACCUCUCGGAAAAUCCGUAACAGUCGGGCGUUUAGGGGUGGGUGGGCGACGAGGGAUGGAAGGGAUGGCGGUUCAUGGGAGAGAGAUGGAAACCGACGAAAUUGUGGAUGGUGUAGAAGCGUGUAGGGAGCCAAGUGUCCUUGAUGCGACCGUCGUUGAAGCCACGAAAUCUCGCGAUCUCAACAGGUGAUCUUUUUUGUUCGGACGAGUUGAACCAUGCAGGGGGAGAUAAAAGCGGAUCGAAGAUAAUAAGAGAGACGCAUAUGAAUAACAUGCACGAGGAAAAAAGUCACGACUGAGAAGAAAUCUAUGCGAAUUGCGAUUUCGGACUGAGUUCGGAGCCACGGGCAAAAGACGUUCGGCGCAAACCGAUCCUAGCUGAGAGAGAGAGAUGACGAGCGAAAGGGUAUGAAAGGGCGAGUGAAUGCGAAACGGAGCGAUAGAGGGCAACGAGCGAAAGGGACGGAAUGAAACGAGUCGAGAGACGAGGAGUGAAUGUGCUAAAAAAAUUGCUAAAAAAAAGUGAAGAAAUUAUACAGAGAGAGCCGACCUCCUUGCCUACCGGGAGGUCCGCAUAUAUGUAUUGUAAAGUCAAGACUAGUAAAUGAUAAAAUUAGGAAAAGCGAGUUUAAGAGGAGAAAUUAUUAGGCCAGUUUGUAAAUGUAAGUUAUUACGGAAUUUUCUCCCCUCCCCACCCUUUCGUGCACGAUACUUUUGGCAAAUCUUUCGCGAGCGUGAAUGCGGGAAAGUAGGCGCGAAUGUGAGAGAAGACGGGAGACAGGAAAUAUUUAUACAUGUGUGUGAGAAUCUGAGGUUACGUGUGACACGUGUGACGAGAGGACGGAGAGAUCGAGGCGGGAACAGAGAAGAAGCCAUUGGACGAAUGGUCCAGCACGGUCCGACGUUCGACUCACGAGAUACAGAAGAGUAAAGGAAUCGAGAAGCAGGCAAAACGCGCACAACCAUCGAGAAUGGCAGAUUAUCACAAAUGUCAUUAUCCAUCCAACCCUUCGGCCACCGAGAGUAUGAGGAACAAAGAGUGUAGGACAAUGAAUCUUGACCAAAUCCUGCUUGACAGAAAAUUGGGUUAUUCUGGUCUGCCUUCGCUUCCACACGCUAUAUUCUUUUCAUAUAUAUACACACACAUAUAUAUAUACGGCUUCGUAUUACCAUAUAUUACCCAAUCGCUCGCAACAUGCUCGCAAUAUCCCCAUGCUCAUUUCGUAUCUAUCAUCUAACAGUUUUCCGCUAAAGCGUGAAGCUCCUUCGAAACGAGCAUCAACGUUCCGUAUUUAAUGGGAAUAUUUCUUCUUGCCGUCUGCAAUUCUUAUUGCGACCCUGCGUCGCGCGUGAAUCAAGAGAGUGAAAGAUAGCGAGAGCGAGAGAGUGGCAAAAAGAACGAGAAUGUGAAUUGUAUGCACGCGUGUACCAAGAGAAGCACACACGAAAUGAGAAUGAGAACAUGUAAUGCCUGUAUUCCUGGAGUAUAUUACUUGCGCAUACGUCUCAACCAGCAGUCGUGUUAGAUUAUACGUAUUAUCGUGUAGGGAAUCGUAGGUGUAUUAAGACAAAAAAGAAUAACUUAUUUAAUAAUGAAGAAGCAAAGAGAAAGAAAGAGAGAGAGAGAGAGAGCGAGAGAAAGUGAGAGAGAGAGAUGAGGACUUGCAGCCAGCAACAAACAACAGUAAACCUACGUUGAUGUGUGAGGAUGUGAGCUAGAUCGCCGCGUUGAGUCUAAUGAACUCCUCGGAGAUGUACAACGCAGACCCUCCAGAAUGAGGUGAAAAGGCGCACGACUGUCAGCCUUGUCGGCCAUCUUCGUCACUUCGUCUAGAUCGGGACGAUGAAACGUCGAACGUUCGCGUCAAUUAAUUCUGUAGAUAGCAGCAACGAAAACUCUUCCUCUACAUUAAAGUAGCACGGGCGAAAGGUUCGAAGGAUGAUUAAUAAUGUCUCCUACGAGCGACUUAGCCGACGUAACGGGGCACAAAGUGGAAUGACGAAGUUGGCGACUUGCUCGGUCGGCCGGAAUGUCUUGUAAGAUAUUGUGGGAAUUGUUUUUCUGCGCCCCGCGAGUCCGUUUUUUCGGUCCGAGACGGGGCACCAUUCACACAAGCCAGUACAUUUUAGGCCGGAAGUUCUGUCUCUACCCGCUGACCCUUGCACCGAGUGUGUUCCGAUUGUACCUCAAGCUCUUUCACAGUCUACGGAGAGGCCAGAAAUCGCGCGGCCGACAGUAGCAGUUUUACAUUACAACCAGUAUUCAUUUACGCAAAAGUCACGUGAUAGAAGAAGCUUAAAUUUACUGCUUAGUACUAUCUAGAUAACGAAACUUCUCUUGGGACUGCUAACGCACCAAGAAGUACCUAAAUAAAUGUUUAAAAAGAAGGGCAUAUUUGAGAAAAAAAAGAAAAAGAGUACAUGAGCAGGACUGUUGAACGCACAAAUUAUUGCAAAGGGCAAUCAUAUUUUCUCGAUAAAUUUUUGCAUUGGCUACUUCGUUCGCGUGACUCUUAAAACCGGGUUCAGUUGCAAUAGCCAGCUCGCAGUAAACUCGCGAUCCCGCCAGGUCUUCACCGGCGGUACCGAUCGUAUCUUCCCACAUCUGGAUCCACUCAGGAGAGACAGAGCUUUGGGCGAAAGAAAACCUGACUACUUUCAUACAUGCAUUACGAUGUUUGAUGACUAUACCACUUUCGACGCGAGAAUUUCCUUUCGUACCUUUUACCGGCGUUUUUCUGGGUUCAUUUUUGGCGAGAAACAAUUCUGUUCGUUGAUUGCUAAUCUUCGGUUGCGCACAAGACGACACACAGAGAGUAGAGCAAGAAGGUGUACGUGCGUGUACGCGUGUACCGCGUUGCGACCGCAAAGUCUUUCGGACGUCAAGUUUUUCGGGAAACCCACCGGUGCGCGCGUACUACGCCUACCUACGCCUUAUUGCGGCGAAGAGUGAAAAAUUCCGUUUUUUGGCAGACACCAAAAAAAAAGCAGCUCCUAAAAUGCAAGCGACGCGCGAGAGGACGCGCGGCGUUGUGACGCGCGUAUUCUCGCGCGCGCGCUCAAAAUCACACAACAGAUAGUGCUCAGCAAGGCGAUGGACAUCGAUCGCGAUGCAGCACACCCACACAUACGCGUACAUCCACACACACACGUACACGAACGCACGUACACGAACACGGCACACAAGGGACGUACACCUACAUGAACAUGCACACAGGCACACGCAGUUUCGGCCAGAAUCUAAAAGACACAUCAAGGAAAAAAGUACAAGUUUAUCACGUUGCGCCUUAACGUUAAAAUUAAAAGUUGAUCAAAAGAGAUGAAAAAAGUGAAGCGUAUUCUUAACCAAAAUCGGCCUUAGUAUAUACUUUUCCAGGGCACGUGGAAAGCACAGGACGGGCGACCUUCCUCUCGACCUACUUCCACAAUCCUCACUCUUUAGAUUAAUAUAAAAAAAAUGAUAUAAAUAUAUAAUAUAUAUAAUAUAUAUACACGAUAUAUUAUAUUCCGCCGGCGGUGGGAAGUUUCGAAACCUCGCAGCUAACUCAGCAAAUCACCGAACCAUCGAAA